CCUGCUCAAUUAGAACUCGUCCCUCUGGCCGAGAUCAUUAUUUCCCAGUGAAAUAAAAUCUUUGUUAAUAUGGCAACAAAUACAUAUUUUCUACUUUGUCUCUUUACCGCUGCCACUAUUGUUAAUGGAGACCCGGCCCGUGUAAUGCUGCGCCUGGCAGCAAAUGGCAGAUUUCUUCAACCAAUAAUGACGUCCUGGGAUGGCCCGGCUCCCGUAAUUCAUGCCCCGGUGGAUGAUGAGGGUCCAUGGGAGAUGGGGACGGGCAACACAAUUGAAGAUGAGUAUAUGUGGGAAUUUUUUGGCCCUAUGAUAAGAACACGCAAGUUUGCAAAUAAUGACACCGCCGCCCAUAGAACUUCUGGGGGGAAGUUUAGAUGCAUGGACUUAAACAAAUAUAACAAAAAAAUCGUGCUCAGCACCUGCCUUGGACUGUUGACGGAACUCUGGACGGUCAAAAUGGAUCCUUCAAUGCGCAAACAUCCGACCGGGUCCCAACUUUAUUUUUCCAUCGUGCUAUCUUCAAACACGACCCUGUGCGUGACGUAUAAGCCUGUCGUGAACCGUUUGGAAAUAUCUACCUGCUCAACCCCACCGACCAUAGACCAGCUCAUGUUUAUCGAUGUCGACCACUUCGCCCUUAUCAAGGAACUUCAGGGUCUUCAAAACUUUAGAGUGUCCAACAUGUUGUUUUCAACUUUGAUGAGUUUGUGCCCUAAAACUGGGAGCAAUACUUGCCCCGCAGGUUGACAGGGAAGGCGCGCAAAUUCAAAUUAGUGACAUAUUUAUGUAUCACUGAAAAAUGCAUUUUGUAAUUCAUUCUUAAUUAAUAAAUGUUUAUUGACGAUUAUUCUUUGAUA